UUUUAAUUUACAUAAAAGAGGGAAGAUAUUUGUUAUAGAUCCAAAAGAGGCGGGGGUGUAAGAAUGGCCUUUUGCUGUACUGGCCUUUAUACUGUAAUUGAUUUAUCCUGGUUUUAAGCAACCCAAAUAAUAAAAAAUAAAACAUUUUUUUAGCUAGAAAAAGAAGUAAAACUGAAGAAAAUAGUUCUUUCUUUUGCAGUCUCAUCUGGUUUUGCAGGCCUGAGAGUGGAGAGAAAAAUACGAUAUAGAGAGCUAUUGUUUGUUUUGGAGUAAUUAGAAUUGGGGAAGCUUUAAAAGAAACAAAAAAACCCUAAAAAUGGUGAAAGUUUGUUUCUUGAUUAGGUGACAUUUUCAUUUUCAGAUCUAGGUCAUGGAUGACAAGAGAAGGGAGAGUGAGAGAAAGUGACAGAAGAGAGUGAGCACAGGCAGGCAUUUCCUAUGGAAGGCCAUAGCAUUGCAGUGUUUGUGCUCACCUCUCUUUCUGUCAGCUUCCAUUUUCAUUCAGCUCUUUCCUUUCUCAUUUCUCCAUUCUAACAAUUAUUUUCUGUCUCUGCAUCAGAAACAUAAGAUUCGAAUUUUGUAUAGAAAAAACUUAUACACAUGUCUUUCACUACUAGUAGUACCCCUUUCAGAUUUGAAGUGUAGCUUUCAGGUAUUGACACAUCAUCUUCUUCGGGUCUUUCUUUUCAUUUUCUUUGUCUUAUCAUUACUUUAUUAUAGUACUAAGUAUGGCUGAAGGUAAGCAAGGACGCAGAAUGUUCAUCAGGAUAAAAAAUUAACAAGUAGUACUUGUGUUUUUGUUUGUAUUAAUUACUGUUUUAUUUGUUUAAUAAUUUAUUACUAAUUACUAGUGAUGGAGCUUGAAAGCGUGGUUUUCCAUGGUACUAUAUUUCUCCAAGGAAAAAGGACACUCGCCGUAUGUAUUUGUGGUUCUUCUUUGAAGGGACGCCUGGUUGUUACUAUUCAAUUUUUAACGGAAAACCGUAUUUUCAAAUCUAAUCACCGUCACCAUCAUCAUCAUGUUCAAUUCGUUUUCUUUACUCAUCUUCAUCUUGCUCUCUUUUUUCAGAUAUAUAUAUCAUGCAAAGCUAAAGGUACCAACUUUAAUGUAAUGGGUGUUUUUUUUUUGUACUUUCUCCUUUGGUUCGUCUCUGAUUUAGGGUUCUUAUGCCCUAACCUCAAUUGGGUUUCCAUAAAAUAACCUGAUUUUUAUCUGGUUCAGUUCUUCUUUAAUUAUUUUGGUUAUAAAAUAUAUAUAUGUAUGUUCUAUGGUUCAGUUCUUCUUUAUUUUGGUUAUAAAAUAUAUAUAUAUAUGUACAGAUUUAUUUGUUGUUUGUUUGAUUCUUCUAUUUCUGUAUAUUUUCUGGUGUAUCUGCCUAAUAGAGGAAAAUUGGGCGGACCCUUUUUGAAAAAAAUGAGUCAGUGUUUAAAGGUACCAAAUAUGGCAAGGAUUUGUUGUUUCCAUCAGUGGGUGAAUAUGCAGUACGCUGUCUCUAAAUGGGAAGUUUUUGGAGGGAAUUGCCAUGUUUACAGUACUUAUUGUUGUUUUGGCUUUGGAACUGCUUCUAUUUCCUCUAUUCAAGGGACAUGACUGGAGAAGAAACUGUGAGCGUCAUUUCAAAUGGUGAAACAGCUGCGGUUGAAGAAGUUUCCGAUUCAGUUAGCAGCACUUAUUCUUCCCUAUCAUGCAAACAUGCUAGGUACGCUAGCAAUAUGUGCACUUCGAGAUUCAGAGGUGUUGUCCCCCAUCAAAAUGGCCACUGGGGCUGCCAGAUAUACGUGAAUCAUCAGCGGAUUUGGCUUGGAACCUUCAAGUCUGAGAAUGAGGCAGCAAGGGCUUAUGACAGCGCAGCAUUAAAGCUUCGCAAUGGAGAAUGUCGAAGAAAUUUUGCAUUAACUAAUGUCACUGUUGAAGAGCCGAACUUCCAGAGUUAUUAUAGUACUGAGGCAGUUCUCAUUAUGAUAAAGGAUGGUACCUACCAAUCGAAGUUUGCUGACUUCUUAAUGAAUAAUUUACAUAGUGUGGAAACCGAACUUAGCCUUAAAAUUAUGAAGAAGCAGAGUGAUAGAAGUCUGACAUGCAAGCAAUUAUUCCAAAAGGAGCUUACGCCAAGCGACGUUGGCAAGCUGAAUAGACUUGUCAUCCCAAAGAAAUUUGCCAUUCAGUUUUUCUCGCAAAUUUCUGACUGCGACGAAGAAAAUGUGGGUGACAACAAGGUGAACAAUGGGCUGCUAGCAUUCUACGACAAAUCGAUGAAGUUGUGGAAAUUCCGGUAUUGUUACUGGAAGAGCAGUCAGAGUUAUGUCUUCACAAGAGGGUGGAACCGAUUUGUAAAGGAAAAACAGUUAAAGGCUAAUGACACCAUUGCUUUUUUCUUAUGCAAAUGCAAUGAAAACUCACAAGUUACUCAGUCUUACUACAUGAUCGAUGUCAACCACAACAACGAAGGCGACUUCAGUUCCUUGUCCGAGUCCGGCAACCAUUGCGUUCCCACAAAAACGGAGGUGCGACUUCGCCUGGGGCAAUGUACUGCUCGUGAUUACGUCAAGAAGAAUGUUGAAGGAGAGGGGUUUCUGGGAAUAACGCCUUUGGAUGAUGGGAACAGAAAGGGUUUUAGACUUUUUGGAACUGAUAUAAUCUGAAAGUUGAAAAUAAAGUUUUAUACUGUUAUCUUAAACAUAUUACUGAUAGCAUAGCAUAUUUUGGCUGUUAAGGUAUAGAAAUGAAAUUUAAGUGGGUUUCUUUGGUA